GUCAGCACCAUGCUGAUGCCCUAGGCCGUCUCUCCUGCGCCGUCGGCGAUUUUGUCUUUUGCCUCUGGAUCUAUCGCUCUUUCUUUGCUCCUCCACUCGCCCCGUCCUUCUCCAGAUCUGUAUCUCAGUCGUACAAACAACCCGGCAAGGUUUUCGGACCCGCGCCACUCAAUCUGCGCGAUAAACGAAACCGGACCCACUUGCAAGCAAGCCACUACAUCUGGAUUCUGGACACGGGUGAUUGAUGGCGGGGCGCUCGAGCGUGAUCAAGUCGGUGUCGAAGGUGUAUGCGGACGUGAAUUCCAGGCUGGGCCCGUUAUGGUACGAGUACGAUAGCACGCAGGUGCAGUGGGGCACGCAGGACCGGUACGAAAUCCUCAAGAAAGUCGGGCACGGGAAGUACUCCGAGGUGUUCCUCGGGAUCGACGUCGUCGGUGACGAGAAAUGCAUCAUCAAGGUGCUCAAGCCCGUGAAGCGGAAGAAGAUCAAGCGCGAGAUCAAGAUCCUGCAGAACCUCGCCGGCGGGCCGAACAUCGUCGAGCUGCUCGACGUCGUGCGCGACCCGGUGAGCAAGAUACCGAGCCUCAUCACCGAGUACGUGGACGCCGCGGACCCGAAGUGGUUGUACCCUCGGCUGUUGGACGCCGACGUGCGGUUUUACAUAUUAGAGAUUCUGAAGGCGCUGGACUUUUGCCAUUCUAAGGGCAUCAUGCAUCGGGAUAUCAAACCACAAAACAUCAUGAUUGACCACGAGAAACGCAAGCUCCGUCUCAUUGACUGGGGACUCGCCGAAUUCUACCACCCCGACAUGAACUACAACUGCCGCGUCGCCUCGCGAUUCUUCAAAGGGCCCGAGCUGCUCGUCAACUACGAGUACUACGACUACAGCCUCGACAUGUGGAGUCUCGGCUGCACUUUUGCUUCCAUCAUAUUCAGGAAGACGCCGUUCUUCCACGGCCACGAUAACUAUGACCAACUCGUCAAAAUAGCGAAGGUGCUCGGGACAGAUGAUCUCUUCGCCUACCUCGACAAAUACGACAUCGCCCUGGACUCGCACUUUGACGAUAUACUUGGAACAUAUCCCCGCAAGCCGUGGACACGGUUCGUCACUACGGACAACCGGCGGUACAUCUCGAAUGAGGCGAUCGACUUCCUCGACAAGCUGUUACGGUAUGACCACCAGGACCGCUUGACCGCCGCGGAGGCACAGGCGCAUCGCUACUUCGACCCGGUACGGACACGGAGGCCGGAUCUGGUGGAGACGGAAGAAAGCGGACUGUCGUCCGCAUGAAUGUCGUGUUCGAGCAGAAACUGAUCUACCAAGGGUUGGUGAGGAUUUGAUGUAUGAUACACUAUUAAUACAGCCGUUGCAUUGGC